GCCGCAGAUUUUGUAGCCGACGACUGGCUUUGCUUAAAACGAUCCUCCCCGAUGAAUUGGUCUCGUGAACUCAACUCCUCAGAAUUGCUUGCCUACCGAGAAAUUUUUGAAGGGGAAGAAAAGGCGAUCCAUUGCUUCGACGACCUUCCCACCGAAGUCCCACCGAGCUCUCUUGGCUUCCUUUUUUCCCUUUUUUUUAACCACAAUUUGAUUUUUCGACAGCAAGAGUGGUUUGCAUGUUGAAGGACAAGCUCCAGAAUUGAUUCUUUUUUGUUUUUUUUUUUCAUCCAGAAGGGUAAAGCGGCUAGGGUUUUUGGCUGACAUUGAUGGCCCUGCCGUGGAGCUUGGCCAUAUACGUGAUGCACGUGGUUUGGGCAGUUCUCAAUGGGUGGGUGUCCACUUGUUUGAUGAUUGCCGACGAGAUCGCACGCGGUCUCAGGUCCGGCGAUAUCGGUCCGCUGCCUGUUGGUUGACGCCGCCGAGGAAGGUAUGUUCUGGUGAUUCUAUGUUCUUGCCACCAAGGCUCCAACCAACAAGGUUCAAGGGGAGUAGAUACUGAAUGCAAAAUGUGUAUAAAUGGCAUGUAUGUUUAACAUAAUCAAAUAGAUAUAUAUCCACAUACGAUAUAUAAUCUGAUAAUUAUAUAUUCAUUGCACAAUACAAACUUGUACUUUCCAUGCGGAUCUUGUUUUCUGUUAAAUGAGUAAAUGGCAAUACAAUCUGCUACGUAAUCA